UAGAUUUUCGACUAAAUUUCAUUUGUGUGCGACGCAUUCAGUUUAUAUUCUUCUUCGCGCUGCCAUUGAUAAAUCGUUCGAGUUCCUGCAAAUCGUCUACACACAGCUUCGAUUUGGCUCAACCAAUUUCACCCCGAUCCGAAAUUCAUUUUCCCGAAUGGAUCAAGUAGCGGAGGAAGUGGAGAGAGUGAAAAAAGAUUUCGAAGAAACGUACAAUCAGACCCUCAAACACAUCGAUUCCAUCCAAGAUUACGGUAAAACUUCCAGAAUCGGAAUCGAAGAAGCGGAGAAGAAAAAAUCGCUCCCCAGAUUGAAUGGGUUAGCUCAAGAUGGGAUGAACACGCUGCAAUCGCUCCAAUUCGAUCUCGAUCUUCUUGCCCCACAACUCCCCUCUGUUGAUGAUGUUGAAAAUGCCCAAUCUUUGGCCCUGUCUUGGAAAAAUCAAAUCCAGAGUUUGCGGCUGAGUUUGAGGAAUGCUAAUUUGCAAGCAAAGACAAACAUGACAAAAGCUGCUCAACAAGAGCGAGAGCUUCUCUUAGGAGGUGGCGAAGAGUCUACAACUCGAAGGCGCAAUCUGCAGACAAAAGCAGGAAUGACUUCUGCUGCUGAGAGCAUCACAGAAAGCCUUCGACGUACUCGUCAGCUCAUGGUUCAGGAAGUUGUACGAAGUGGAAGCACUCUCUUGACUGUUGAGGAAUCGACGGGAGUAUUAAGGAAAGCCGAAAGCGAAUACAAGGGCCACCGCUCGUUAUUAUCUAGGACCCGUAACCUUCUCUCCACAAUGCAACGUCAAGAUGUUCUUGAUAGAGUAAUACUAAUUACGGGAUUGAUUCUCUUCUCAUUGGCUGUACUGUACGUCGUCUCGAAGCGUGUCGGUGUACUAAAGUUGCAGAGAAAGGUAAUUGAUGCAGUGAAAGCCGGCAUGGCAGCACAACAAGAAGAGAUAGGUGGCAGAGAUGGUAUCAACGUUGCUCCCGUUAAUCCAGUCGUUGUUCCCGAAUUAAAUAUCCCAUUAGAACACCCCAUGCACGACGAACUUUGAAUAAAUUAUAUCCGUCUUUAUAAACAGGCAUGGUACAUUUUCUUUCAUUUUUUUUUUGUUUGUCAAGUGGAAUUUAUACAGUUAAAAUCGGUGGGAAAUGUUUUAUUACUUACAAGAUGGAACUGUGACGUGAAGUAGAAGACAAAACAUUGAAAAGGAAAUACAUAUAAAAGAGAGCGACAAGAUUAGAUGACUCGUUCGUUUGUUCGUCCCCUACGCGAGGAGCCAGAAGUUUUUAUGGGUUUUGCUGGUGAGGAGAUAGCCUCCAUGUUGGCCCUUUUUCUGCACCGCUACGCAUGUACAUUUGCUGUUCGUUAUUAUAUGGUCCGUGUCUAGUCCUCUCAGUGAACCCCCUCUUCUCGACCUGCAAUUUUCGGAUUAAUUUAUACGGUGAUUAUCGGAAUUAUUAUGAUUUAGUUAUUAAUUAGUUUGUCAUGUUGUUAUAUUUAUAUUUAUAUAUAUAUUUAGUUAUCAACACAAAUUCUGCAAUUUUAUAUGGAUGGAGUAAUUAUUUUACUA